AUCGAUAUUUAUCGACAAAAGUGUACGCGAGCCCCUGCUGACUGGAUAUCCGUUUGGGACGCGUAUGCACACAGACUCGUGCAGAGGUUUGCUGAUAUCUGUAUGAGCAAUGUCGCAUUUUUGUAUUGUCUAUUUAUUUUCAAAUAAUUGAGUCACCGGAACAAAUAAACUUUUACCGUGUCUACGAUGACAGAGGAGGUGCUGAAGGAGUUAGAAAGCGCGGCACAGAUCGUGUUGGCACCUCCAAAUUUAAUUUCCCAAGAACAACGUCAGUCUGCAGAAGCUGUUUUUCUGAAGUUUCGUGAAACAAAAUCACCUUAUCAGCUAUGUAAACAAAUUUUAGAAUCAAGUACUGUAGAUUAUAUAUUGUUUGAAACAGUUGGACUACUAAAGACAGCUCUGAUACAAGAAUGGAAUACGUUAUCGGAGUUUGAUGUUUCUUCAUGGAGACAAUAUUUGUUGCAUUAUGUUAUAAGUAAACCCACUUUGGCGCCAUAUGUUAGAGCAAGAAUACUCCAAGUUAUAGCAAUAAUUAUAAAGAGAGUUAGUGUAAAUGACUUAGGACGUGAGAGAAGACAAAUAUUAGAUGAAAUUGAAUCUUUAAUUAAAUAUGAAUCUCUACCGAAGAGAAUACUGGGAUGCAAUAUCAUAUCUGCAAUAUUGCAAGAAUAUGCAACAACUAUCAAAUCUUCCGAUGUAGGUUUGACAUGGGAGGUGCACUUUAAAGAGAAGAGACUGUUUGAAAUAAGUGACAUGAAAAGAAUUUUCAAAGUUUGCAUCGAAGUACUUAGUGAAUUACUAAAAACUGAUUUUGAUGAGGCAGCAUUGUCCCUUGUAAAGCCAUUGCUUACUAUUGUAGAAAGCAUACUUGUUUGGGGAUACGUUUAUGCAAAUUUGCCAAAAAGAUUACUAAGCCUGUGCGAGGUCUACGAAUCUGGAAAUAAUCCUCCUUUGCGAUUAAAUUCGCAAUGGCAGGAUGUAAUACUGGAUCCAGCAGUCUUGGAUCUAUUUUUUACACUGUACUGGAAAGUGCGUAACAAUCCGCAGUUGGCACAUCAUGCCAUAAAUUGUUUAGGACAAUUGGCAAGUUUACAUGGCAAAAUUUUAAGCACGGAUCAAAUAAAACUGGAAUAUCUGACAAAUUACCUGCAGAGAUUUUUGAAGCUCAUAGCCUGUAUUGAAAUUAGUGAUCAAGAAGCAAUUGGAAUCACUAACAUUAUUAGGAAGAUCCAAGCCUUCUAUUACAGCUCGUUCGGUUCUCUGUCUCAAGAUUUGUUGAAGUCAUUUUUAGAACAUACGAUGAGAAUAACAUGCAUGUUUAUGGAAGGUGCUGCACGCGAAGUAUCGUUGAGUGCUGACGAUUGCUUGUACAUGGAAGCUAUGGACCGUAUAUUUGAUACAUGGUUGUGUAUCUUGCCUGCGACGCAUACAUUUCCGCAGGAAUUUUGUAAACAAGGUUCUAUUCAGAUAUUUAAUAUGUAUGUUCGAUGUCACUUAUCACCUCCGGAAGGUUUAAGAAGUUUUGGUAGCAAACCUCUUACAGAAGAAAUAGUAGAUAUGGAAGAAGAUGACAAAGUUAAGUUUAAAGAUCAGUUACAAAUAAUUGGAAGUUUUGGUAGACAAGUAACUCAUCACAGUUUACCUUUAUUAACGCAAUUGCUCGAAAAUCGAAUAGAUAUAUUACGCGACAAAUUGAACAUAGUAGUGGGACAAAAUGAAUCUCGGCCUGCGUGUAUGGACGAUCUGUAUGAGGACUUGCAUUGGUUGAUCUUAAUAACGGGACAUGUUCUUUGCAUAGAUUCGGAUGGUGAAACAGCAUUAAUACCCAAGGAAAUUACCCGAUGCAGUAUGGAGCAGUCUCGGGAGGGAAAUGUUGACGUAAAUCAUACUCUAGAGGUUCUAAUGUCCUCGCAAAACAUUCAAUCGAAUAUAAGUUUGACUGACUCCGUCGAUCGUGUUAUUCGACUGAUUACAAAUAUUUUACGCCUGUGCGCCAUCGAGAAAACCGCUAUAUCUAUGCAUCUCGAGAGCAUACUCAGUCCCGAAUUGAGCAGCACGAUAAUAUGGUUCUUGCGUAGAUGGUCGCAACAUUAUCUAUUACCGAAGGAGUCUUAUUAUUACGAGAUAAGCGCCACGCUUUUGCAAGCUUUCGGCGAGGACAGCCCCACUACAUUGUGGAUUAUAAAUUUGCUUGUGGACAAGCUUAUUUGUAACAUCAACGCGUUCAAAAGCGAACCGGCGUUAAUUAAAGAAACCAUUGACUUACUGAUAACUCUCGUCGAGACGCCAAAAAAAGCCUCUUAUUUACUGAAGUCCGAACAAUUUUCCUGUAUUCUUCAGUUAGCUAUAAAAGGACAGUACGAUUUGCCGCAGGUUAUAAAAAGAGGUUUGAUGCAUGUGGUGGUGCGGAUCGGUUCUGUGGUCUUAGGAACAGAUACGGAAGAAUACUAUUGGUCGCAAACUCUAGAAGCCUGGAAGAACAAAUGUCUACAGUUAACUGCUAAUGAUAACUUUGAAUCGUCUUGUCAUCAAGAAGAAAUUAAAGUUCAAGUUAUAGAUAUACUGGAAUCCUUUAUAGGAUUAGUCCAAGGCGUAGUGGCUUCAUCUAUGGAAGUGCCAGUGUUUCGAUAUACUUCUUCAGUAUUACAGAUGCUACCGAUGUUUAUGAAAUGCUACCGUAAUUAUCAAGACGUGGUGCAGUUAAUAUUAGAACUUCUGUGUGAAUACACAAAAAGAAUUCUAUUUUUCUUAUCGAGAGUCAAUAGUUGCCUCGUGUACGAAGUUUGCUUGCAAACGAUAAAGAGUUACGCUCGGUUCAAUUGGCUUACUACGGACUCGACCGCGGAAGAAGAUAGUUUUCAAGAUAUUAUACUACUUAUGCAAUUACUCACAAAUUUAUUAAGUAAAGAUAUAUGCAAUUUUGACCAGGAAGAUUCGUUUGCUUCUGUUGAACCCGCCAUUGUUUUCUUGGGUGGUUUAGAAAUCAUCAUGCCCAUGAUAACGACGGACUUGUUGAAGUUUCCGACGCUAUGUUCGAAAUAUUUUAAAAUGAUAGCAUUUGCGUGUGACAUGUGUCCCCAAAACGUCUGUAGCCUAAAUCUCAAGCUAUUACAGCCACUUUUGGCGUCAGUUGAAUUAGGCGUUUACUCUUUCGGUUAUGACGCGGCUGUUAUGUCUUGUGAUAUAAUUCAAGCUUUAGCCCAGCACAUUUUUAAUCAAAAAGAUCAACCCCGUGACGAAGUGAUGGCGCCUUUUAUAAAUGUAUUGAUAAGCUUAAUUUUGUCGCAUCAAAUGGACUCGGACCUUCUGACGAACGUCAGUACAUCUCUUUACUAUCUCAUAUGUUGCUAUCCGGGAAAGUACCAGCAAGUCGUGCAAGAAAUUUUAUCCACGCAGGCUGAUCAAGACGUGGCGCAAAAAUUAGCAAGCGCGUUCACGGCACUAACAGAGAACGUAGAACUGAAUACCGCACGUCCUCAGAGAUUAAAAUUUAAAGAGAAUUUACAGCAAUUUAUCAUAAAUGUACAAGGAUUUUUACUGGUUAAGUAAAAAGUAUAAAACAUGUAAAUAAAGAGAAAAAAUCAAAUAUAUGUACUAAAGAUUUAUUUUGAUUGAGAUUGUAAGCACGGAGAGAGAUAUUAUUCCGAGACUUAUAUAUACAUAUAUACAUAUAUAUAUAUAUAUAUAUACCGACUCGUAUUUCCGUGCAUCAACACACAUAUGGGUAUAAUAUGCAUACAUUGUAAAAAAGAACUUGUAUAUUAAGCAUAUAAGCUUUUUAUUGACCGAUUUAUAAUACGUUACCACUUACAAUGAGCCCUAGCGAAAUUCGAGUUAAAUCAUAAUAUUUAUAUAAUAAAUUGUAAGUUUAGUACAGCAUAUAUUGAUAUAUGGUUUUUUUUCUUCAAUAGCAAACGAUCUCGAAAGAAAAGUAUUUUGUAAUGAAUGUUUAAUAAUUACCUUACAAACGAAUACAUGAAACUUACAUAUUUAGUACAGAUUGUUUAGCCCUCCCUUAAUAUAUCUCGCGAUUAAUGAUCCUCAACGUUUUUUUUUU